AUGGAAGUCAGCAAAGGCAUUGAUACGGAACAUAGCCCCGACAGUGUUCUUCCUCCUCCGCAUCCGUUUCGAGUUUCAGAGAAGAGGAGUACGAGGUUGAAACCGCCUCGUAGAGAUGAAAUAUUGAGAGUGAAAGAAGGCUUCACCGAGAUAAGCUUCAGGCGUUACCGUAGCUCCUCUUGUAAGAAUUUUCCUUCCAGACCUCUUGCAAUGGGAGAUAGAAUUGAACAAAGGCGAGGCUCUGUGUAUCAAAGUUCUAAACAAGUAUUCAGAGAGAUGAGAUUCUCGGAAAGUACUCAGGCAAGGCCAAAACUUGAAUUGUCCCGUGCUAGUGACGCCUCUUUCUCGUUCAGAAUCGUGGAUCCUUCCAGAGCAGGACGUAUCGGGAAAAUGCCACAGAACGAUAUUUCAGAUGAACAGAAGUCUUCGGUCGAAACUUUUACAUCCGGUGGCUUUAUUGACAUGUGCUUGAACUCAGGUAUCAAAGACAGAGCGACGGUAUUGGAGUCAGAUGAUGAACCGGGUGUCAGAUCCGACAAAGCAGCUGGUUCUUUGAACAGGUAUAAUGGCCAUAAAACAGGAUUGCCCAAGUCCCAGUCUGCAAAAGUAGAAAGGCGGUCAGUAUCUUUAUCUGAAAGCAAUUGCAAUAGGGAAAGCUCAAAGACACAGUUUGGUAAUAUUAGGAAAAUGUUUGAUCCAUUUGUCAAAUCGAAGUCUCUGAGAAAUCCCCUUGGACACAUUGGAGAAUCGGGCCAGUUCAAAGCAGAAUGUACCGAAAAAAUGAUGAAGGACAGUGAUCAUUGCAAAGCAUUGUUCAGUGGCAACUCAGAUAAUCAUAAAAAAGGGAAUACCCAUCCUACAGUCAUGAGUAAGGACCAUACACUGGCCCUCAAGUCUUCCCCAGUUCAUCUACGAGGUCGUCUUAAUCUGGAAAACAAAGAUGGGCUGCCAGUUUUUUGGUUCGUCUUGGAUUCUCCUGGGGAUGUUUAUGUGGGAAAAACAUGGAAAUCUAACAAUGGUUCCAACUGGACAUAUACAUUUUCCUCUGUCGGAAGAAGAAAGAAAAGCAAUGCAAGUGCAUGGGGUUUGAAUGACGGCUACCGAGAAUCCUCUAUCAUUGGUCAGAUGCAAGUUUCCUGUUACAUGUGUACCGAACUAAGAAAAAAGGGUCAAGAUCCAGACAAACUGAUGGUAACCGAGUUUGUUUUGUACGAUAGUGCGCGUGAGAGAAAAAGUGUUUCUGCACAUGCAGAUCCAUCCCGACCACAUGAUAAAGUUCGGAAAAAUUCUGCUAAACCAGACUUGAAUUCAGGAAAUAUUGAACCGGAUGACGGUUCUGAUGUAUCGAAGCUGAGACCUCAGGCCAAGUGUGCAUCUGAAAGUUGCGAUCUUGAUGCUUCAAAUGUACCAAACCCGUUGCCAGCUGCAGAUUUGCAUCCUGACCUUGAAAUCGCGGCUAUAAUCAUUCAAGACCAGAUUGAGAAGAGGGAAAGCUUAAAGUAUAGAAGAGGCGACCAAAGGGUCAUGGAUAAGAGGAAUCUUCUAAGUCUUUCUCCUAUCGAUGAAGGCAAGAAAUACUCUUACGGAAGCAGAAAUCCAGAAAAGUUAAAGGUCGUAAUCCCGAGGGGAAACCAUGGCAUACCAACUUCUGAAAGCUUUGGCCCUUCACCUUUGCUUAAGAGAUGGAGGUCAGGUGGCUGCUGUGACUGUGGUGGUUGGGACAUGGCUUGCCCUCUUGUGGUUUUCGGAAACCCUAGUCUCUCAUGUUCUCAUGAUCACCCUCUUGUGGACAAUCACCAUCCAUUGAAACUAUUUGCCCAGGUAAAAAAAUGGAUCCUUUUACUCAAUGGAACACGAUUCUGUUGCUAA